AAAAAAAUUCUGUUUACCACUCUUGUUUAAUCUCUCUUGAAUUCAACACUUCUUUUUUCUUUGUUUCUGUUUUAUAAAUGUUGAUUAGAACUGUUGAAUUUUAAUUUUUGGAAGUAAUUCAAUAUUUUUUGUUGCAUUUGUGUGACUAGUUAAUAGAACAAGAAUAUAUCUUCUCUUCACAGGGAAAAUGGAGGAUCCUGGCUUCACCCAUCAAUGGCCAAGUAACUCUCUUGCUGAUAUCAACACAGUCUCUAUUAUUGCACCUUCAUUUUGGGAGAAUUCACAUCACUCUUUCUCUCAUCCGAUCUUCGAUCUUGAACCUUCCAUGGAAGUAUCAUCUCAUACCGACAUCAACAGGCCCGUGAAAAUCCUCAAAAUCAACAGUUGGAAUUCCUCUAAUACCGAUCAUGUCUCAAACCCGCCUCAAGCCACUUCUUCUCCCAAUCAAAUUCCAUUUUAUGCUACUCAAGUUGGAACCCUAAAGACUGAAGACCAGGUGUUAUCGUCUGAAAGUAUUAUUACUUUCUCCUCUGAUAUUCUGGAGUCUCAGGGCUCGUUUGGAAACCAAAAUUGUGUGUUCAAGGCUUCUCAAGGUGGUAAGAGGAUUAGCACAAACACUAAACUUUCUAACAAUCAAGAUCACAUUAUGGCUGAGAGGAAGAGGAGAGAGAAGCUCAGUCAACGGUUCAUAGCUUUAUCUGCUAUAGUCCCUGGCCUAAAGAAGAUGGACAAGGCUUCUGUUCUAGGAGAUGCUAUAAAGUACUUGAAACAACUUGAAGAGCGAGUGAAGACACUUGAGGAACAAGUGAGGAAGAAACCGAUUGAAUCAGUAAUCUUUGUGAAAAAACAUGAGGUGUGUGGUGACUCUGAGAUUUCUUCCUCGGAUGAGAAUUUCUCUGGUGGCCCAUAUGAUGAGCCACUCCCCCAGAUUGAAGCAAGAAUUUGUGACAAAGAUGUGCUCAUAAGAGUUCACUGCGAGAAAAGGAAAGGAGUCCUUGAAAAAACAGUAGAGGAAAUUGAGAAGCUAAAUCUAUCAGUUGUCAAUUGCAGUUCCAUGACUUUUGGAAGUGCUGUUCUAGACAUAACCAUUGUUGCUCAGAUAGAUGAGGAAUUCACCAUGCAAGUGAAGGACCUUGUGAAGAAUCUUCAUGCAGCUCUUAAGCUCUUUCUCUGAAAGAAAUCUAACAAUGUUUUUUUUAAUGUUUGUGCAUUGUUUGAAGCUGUAAUAAACUACGUGAAUAAUCUUCAUUUUUUUCCAAAUUUUAGUAA